CGAAUAUUUUUCUUACAUACAUUAAAUGUUUCUCAAAGUUUUAUUUAAAAAAAAAAAUAGCUACGAAAUAUUCAAAAGACAAUAUUAAAUUCAAUGGUAUAUAAAGCUAAUUAAUUAUCCAUUCGAAUAAAUGUUAAAAUUACCGAUCAUCAAAGAUAUCAAAAGGCCAAAGGACGUUUGCAAAUGCCGUCCGAUCUGUAAAAGUCGUAGACGAGAAUGGAAGGGAGAAGUUCAUAAGACAUCAGCUGAACUCAUACUUGAAAGGAAGCCUUUACAAGACUGUUUCAAAAGAUGGCCAUCUAAAGUUCACGCCAACAGCCUCUGUCCUCUGUUUGCAAGGAAACAUCGCAUAGUGAUAAAUGAACGGAACGCAAGCUUACCUCCGAACAUCGUACGAAUUUGUCAAACACCGUUGGACGACCAAGUUGAUACACCAUAUAUAAAGUUCGCAGAAAUGGCAAAGAAAUUAGGUGCAUGGGAUGCAAUCAAAAGUUGCUGUGUAUUUUGCAAUUGUGGAAUUUGUUGCGCGUGCAGCCCGCGCAGUUACGAAUUCCGUGCAGAGUCAUGGGACCAGUUGCUUGCGAGUAUGCGCAAAUUUGAUGCUCGAGUAAAACAGUGUAUACCUAUGCAAAUUAUGUAUGACAUAUCAUGAUUAAAUUAUGUGUGUUAAACUUUAGCACGCUUAUUUUACCCGAGCGAAGACAGGAAGUCAGGUUAGCUAGUAA